AUUUAAUUACCUAUCCAUCUACUUUCCGAUCUUUCGUUGCUUGAUAUUCGUAUGGAAAUACUGAAUGUGGAAUCUGCGAUGACUGAAGUGAAGCUGCAAUAUGUACACCAACUUGGUUCAGAGGCCUUAGCUGGUCAACAGGAUGAUCCAGAUCGUGAGUUAUGGAUUUGGAUUUCUCAACGAUUCGCCUUCGCGUUCCACCCUCACCCCCUCUGCUCUGUGUUGUAAUAUGGUGCUGAUUGAUGGCAACGAGUGUUUCCUGUAUUUCCCCUCUUCCUUCAUGUACAAUUCGGUCGUCAUAACGUUAUUUUGUCAAAAUUAUUGCGAAAUUGGUACCCUCGCUGAGAACCUUGAAUGAAGUGUGAUUUUUCCUACUGAAUUUUACAUUAUGGUCGAUAUCGAAGAUUUCUUGGUGACUGUACCGAAUGGCAAAUUAAUGGGCGGAAAAGCAACGUCUGAGUAUUCGCAUACAGAAUACUUUCAGUUUUGUGGCAUUCCGUACGCGAGACCACCUGUCGGAGCGUUACGUUUCAAGCCUCCUCAACCAAUUGGCAGAUGGUCAGGAAUACUGAACGCAAAGAACGAAAAAGAUGACUGCGUACAAUACUCGUUAUUUACUCACGACGUGUUGGGAUCAGAAGAUUGUUUAUACUUAAAUGUGUUCACCCUCGAAGCACCUCGAAAAGUCACAACUCCGAAAGCAGUCGUGGUUCAGAUCCAUCAAGGUGGUCAUUAUUGGGGUAGUUCAUCGAAGAAGUGUUUUGGAAAUCCUGAUUUCUUCAUCGAUCAAGAUAUCAUCUACGUGACGUUCAAUUAUCGUUUGCAUAUUUUAGGAUAUCUGAAUUUGAAUCUACCCCAAUGUCCCGGAAACAUGGGCAUGAAAGAUCAAAGCCUCGCCUUGAAAUGGGUCAAAGAAAAUAUUCGUUAUUUCGGCGGCGAUCCUAAUAACAUCACGUUGUAUGGGAACAGCUCAGGAGCCAGCGAUGCUCACCUACACAUGAUGUCUCCUAUGUCUAAAGAUUUAUUUGAUAGAGUCGUUUUGCAAGACGGAUUCGCAUUAAAUUCAGUCUGGAGUUUUCAAGAAAGUAAUAUCGAUAAAUCGUUCAGAUUAGCUCGUAUGAUAGGCUUCAAAGGUUCCAGUACUACCGCUCUUUUGAGAUUCUUAAAGAAACAAGAUCCCAGAAAAUUAGUCGAAGCUUGUAUAGAAUUAAGAAAAGAAGUUCAAAAGGAAAAUGCAGGCAGAUCUGAAACAAGCAUGUUCCAACCUACGAUCGAAAUCUUCGAACAAGGCGCUUUUAUGAGUAAAUCACCCAGAGAACUGAUCAAAUACGCGCCACAGAAACCACUAAUUUGCAGCGUCACCUCCGACGAAGGCUUGGUGGCUUUUUAUAUUAACCUGAUACCGUUACUAAAUACACAAUUGGCCAAAGUGAUCAGAGGCAAUUUGUGGAUGUACGAUAUGAACGAUGAAAUGGUCCAAUAUAUUUGUCAACAAGUCAAAUCUUUCUAUUUCAAUAAUAAAAGAGUAGAUUACACAAUGCUGAGGCAAAUUAUCGAUUUGUAUACCGAUUUAUGGUACUGCGAAUGGAACGAGUGGUUAAAUUCAGUCUCGUCGAAUCCUUCAAAAACGCCUGUCUACGCGUAUUAUUUCGCUUACGAAGGUAGUCUCAAUUUACAACACAAUUAUUUCGUUAAAUAUUUAGGAAAACAACGAGGUGAAGUGAACACAAGAGCCUCUCACGGUGACGAUAGCGCGUAUUUCUCAUUAUUCCUGACCGAAAAAAAUGAAAAACCACCUUUGAAGGUGACGGACUCGGAUAGAGAAGUUAUCCAUUACAUAACUCAUAUGAUAACCAAUUUCGCCAAAAAUGGCAAUCCUAAUGGAAAAGAAUUGGGCGAUAUUCAAUGGUCUCCUUUUACCGACAAAGAUCCUUCGUAUUUAUUCAUCGAUGGAAAUCUACAAAUUGUUCGAGGGAGAAUUUACGAAGCACGGUAUAAGUUAUGGAAUAAUUUAAUAAAACGUAUUAAAAAAGGAGAAACGGAGUCGGAAAAUUGUAUCGAAAAUAUAAUAAAAAAUUCUUGAAUUUUU